CGAUCCCGUGGGCAGCGAUGCUGGUGGCCGCGGCGGCCGAGCGGAACAAGGAGCCCAUCCUGCGGGUGCUGCAGCAGUACGUGGAUCCUGCCCAGCGCGGCGUCCGCGUGCUAGAGGUGGCCUCGGGCUCCGGCCAGCACGCGGCCCACUUCGCGCGAGCCUUCCCCCACGCCGAGUGGCAGCCGUCCGAUGUGGACCAGCGCUGCCUGGACAGCAUCUCAGCCACCACACAGGCCCAGGGACUGGCGAACGUGAAGGCCCCGUUGUAUCUGGACGUGACGUGGGGCUGGGAGCAGUGGGGCGGAAUCGGGCAGCAGUCCCUGGACUUGCUGCUGUGCAUCAACCUGGCUCACAUCAGCCCCCUGCGCUGCACCGAGGGGCUGUUCAAGGCUGCUGGACACCUGCUCAAGCCCAAGGCGCUGAUGAUCACGUAUGGGCACCCCUCUCCCUGGAGCUGGGGACUCCCCAUUACCACAGGCCCCCACUCCUGGCUGAGCCCUACUCGGUCAAUGGGAAGAUUUCUCCCCAGAGCAACGUGGACUUCGAUCUCACACUCAAAUGCAGGAACCCUGAGUGGGGGCUGCGGGACACGGCCCUUCUGGAGAACCUAGGCCAGGCCAGUGGACUGCUUCUAGAGCGGAUGGUGGACAUGCCUGCCAACAACAAGUGCCUGAUCUUCCGAAAAACCUGACCGCCUCUCCAACCCUCCUCUGAGGGCCACCAGCCUCCCGCUGUACUGGGCUUUGGGGACUUCUAGCCUGCAGUCUUGCUGCCUCAGAAUAAAGUGUACCUUGCUUGCAGCCCA